UGCCGUCGGCCCUCUACCUGCUCCACCGAGUCCAGAAGAUACUGAUGGGUUGCUUGGUGCAGCCCCGUUUUUCUUCGCUGCUGCAGUUGGCCCUGCAGGUGGUAGGUUCUCGUUGCUGCCAGGCAUGGUUAUAUUUCAAUCUGAUGAGAGGGCUGAAUGUGGGUAUGAUAACUGGCUGCGACAUUGGUGUGGGCGAGCUUGAAAAUUUUGACAAGUCGUUUGUUUAUCCUUGUAUGCAGCCACUCAGAUCAGUGAAUUGAAGUCAUUUUGUCCGUGAAA